AUGGAUGAUCUCUAUGAUGAGUUCGGUAACUUCAUUGGCGAGGAGGCCGGGUCCGAGGAGGCGUCCGAGGCGGGUGUCGAGGCUGGCGACUAUGUUUACGACGAUGAACCAGAGGAGGCGCCUGGUGUGACAGGCCAGGAGCUAAUGGAGAUUGAUGAUGGGCCGUCCAACGCCAUUAUUCUCCACGAAGACAAGCAAUACUACCCAACAGCCGAGCAGGUGUACGGAGCCGAUGUCGAGACCCGCGUCGAGGAGGAGGAUGCGCAACCCCUGACGCAGCCCAUCAUCGCGCCCGUCGAGCAGAAGAAGUUCAACAUCGAGGAGGCCGACCUACCGCCCGUCUUUUUCGACCGCGAGUUCAUGACAGACCUGAUGAACUUCCCCGAGCAGACGCGCAACGUUGCGCUGGCUGGACACCUGCACCACGGAAAGACGGCCUUCAUGGACAUGCUCGUCCUGGAGACGCAUGACAUCACAGAUCGCCUGGAGCGGAGGGUCGGCAAGAACCGCGACGAGCAAUUGAGAUAUACCGACGUCCAUGUUCUGGAGAGGGAGAGGGGACUUUCUAUCAAGGCGGCGCCGAUGAGCUUGGUGUUGCCCAGCACCAAGGGCAAGUCGCAUCUCGUCAACCUUAUUGAUACCCCCGGUCACGUCAACUUUGUCGAUGAGGUCGCAGCAUCAUUCCGGCUGGUCGACGGCGUCUGUCUAGUGGUGGAUGUCGUGGAAGGUGUCCAGAUCAACACGGAGCAGAUCAUCAAGCACGCCGUUCUGGAAGACAUACCCCUGACGCUCAUUAUCAACAAAAUGGACCGUCUUAUCCUCGAGCUGAAGCUCCCCCCCAAGGAUGCCUACUUCAAGCUCAAGCACGUUGUCGAGGAGGUCAACACAGUCAUCACAAACACAGCACCCACAAAGGCGGCAUCGAAGCGGAUAAGUCCCGAAAAGGGCAACGUACUCUUCUCUUGCACAGAUAUGGGCUGGUGCUUCACCCUGCCGAGCUUCGCAAAGAUGUACACCGACACGUUUGGUGACAUCAACACAGAGGAGUUUGCGAAGCGGUUAUGGGGUGAUGUCUAUUAUAACCCCAAGAAGCGAACCUUCUCGCGAAAACCCAUUGAUGAGCGGUCGGCGCGGUCAUUCGUUCAUUUCGUCCUUGAGCCCAUUUACAAGCUCUUUACCCACUCCAUCAGCGACAGCCCCGAGCAAUUACGGCCGGUUCUGGCUUCGCUGGGCAUCGAGCUCAAGCCUUCCCAGUACAAGGCUGAUGCAAAGGUGCUGCUGAAGCUUGUUUGUGAGCAGUUCUUUGGUCCCUCAACCGGCUUCGUGGAUAUGAUCACCCAACACAUCCCUUCCCCGAUUGAGACCGCUGAGCGACUGCUUGAAAGAUACUACACUGGACCUACGGAUACCAAGGUUGCUACUUCGAUGAAGACCUGCGACCAGGACGGCCCCUUAGUUGUCCACGUCACCAAACUCUUCAACACAGCAGACGCAAAGAGCUUCCACUCUUUCGGCCGAGUGCUAAGCGGCACAGUUCGGCCGGGUAUGCAGGUCCGUGUCCUGGGCGAGGGCUACUCCCUCGACGAUGAAGAGGACAUGGCCAUGGCCUCCAUCGGCGAAGUGUUUAUCGGCGAGACAAGAUACAACAUUCCCACUGAUGGUGUGCCCGCUGGUAACUUGGUGCUGCUAAGUGGCGUUGACAACUCCAUUGUCAAGUCCGCCACUAUCCUCCCGCCCAAGCUCGAGGAUGACGAGGACGCUUACAUCUUCCGACCCAUCACGCACUUUACUGAGUCGGUCCUCAAGGUGGCCGCCGAGCCCAUCAACCCCUCAGAGCUACCCAAGAUGCUUGACGGCCUGCGGAGGAUCCAGAAGUCAUAUCCCCUCAUCAACACCAAGGUCGAGGAGUCUGGCGAGCAUGUCAUCCUCGGCACUGGCGAGCUGUAUAUGGACUGCGUGCUGCACGACUUGCGACGCCUGUACGCCGACAUGGACAUCAAGGUCUCGGAUCCCGUCACCCGAUUCUGCGAGACUGUUGUCGAGACGUCGGCGACUAAGUGCUACGCUAUCACACCCAACAAGAAGAACAAGAUCACCAUGGUUGCUGAGCAGCUCGAAAAGGGCAUCUCAAACGAUAUCGAGAGCGGUGCGGUCCGAAUUCGCGAUCCCAUCCGCAAGGUGGCCAAGUUCUUCGAGGAGAAGCACGGCUGGGAUAAGCUGGCUGCUCGUAGUAUCUGGGCAUUCGGCCCCGACGAGACGGGCCCGAAUAUCCUCCAGGAUGAUACUCUCCCCACCGAGGUGGACAAGAAGCUCCUCACCACAGUCAAGGAGUCUAUUCGACAAGGAUUUAGCUGGGCAACCCGCGAGGGACCCUUGUGUGAAGAACCAAUCCGAAACACCAAAUUCAAGGUGACCGACGUGCUUCUGGCCAACGAGGCCAUCUUCCGAGGAGGCGGCCAAAUCAUCCCCACCUCCCGACGAGCCUGCUACUCCUCUUUCCUCAUGGCAUCGCCCCGCCUCAUGGAGCCUGUCUACUCGGUCUCUGUGACUGGGCCUGAGGACUCGUACAUGGAGGUGUACAACGUGCUAUCACGGCGCCGCGGCCACGUGCUGUCGGACGGUCCCGUCGCCGGCACGCCGUUGUACCGCGUCAACGGCCUGCUACCCGUCAUUGACAGCUUCGGCUUCGAGACUGACCUGCGCAUCAAGACCCAGGGCAGCUCCAUGGUGAGUCUCGUCUUUGACAGCUGGAGCAUCGUCCCCGGCGAUCCUCUCGAUCGCGAACAGAUCAUCCGCCCACUUCAGCCCGCCACUGCACAGGCCACAGCCCGUGACUUUGUCCUCAAGACACGCCGCCGCAAGGGCCUCAGUGAGGACGUCAGCGUCAAAACCUUCCUCGAGCCGGAGUUUUACCAGAAUCUCAUGGAGAGUGGGAUGCUGGGGGAGAUGUGA